AUGUCCAGCAGCGAAAGCGAAGACAAUGUCAGCCCAACCCUUACAGACACGACGGCAAGCCUCGAUGCCCGACCCAUUACCGUCGCAGUCAACCCGGUAGCUCUGGUUGUCACAGAAUGUAUUACUGUCACGUCUGCGAUGCGGAAGCAUGCUCGCUGGGCACAUUCUUCCGUAUCAGCUAUACUGGGUAGCUCUUCGAACAAGACUCCCGCCGUGCAACGGCGGGAUCGAACAGGGCAGGGCAUUGUCAACGCUGGCGAACAAGAGGAAGCCGUACCUAGCAGAUGGGGUCUGAGAGGGAAGAAGGGCAAGAGCCUACAGGACAAUCCUUUGAUGUCUGCAUUUGCGCGCCUGAGAAAUGAUUUGAAGGGAUGCAAAGAUAUCAGGGCCUUUGAUACGCCCUCCAUGCUCCACCCUUUCCUCCAAGUCAUCCGCUCCUCGUCGACCUCUGCGCCCAUCACUUCGCUUGCGCUCAUUGCUAUAACAAAGUUCUUGUCGUACGGUAUCAUCAGCCAGGACUCUCCGCGAUUGCCAGAAGCUAUGCAGCAACUCUCGUCUGCUAUCACACACUGCCGGUUCGAGGCUAGUGAUUCAGCAGCUGACGAGAUUGUCCUACUCCGCAUCUUGAAGCUUAUGGAGGGCAUGAUCUCAGGCCCUGGCGGACAGGUACUCGGGGACGAGAGCGUCUGCGAGAUGAUGGAGACCGGCUUGAGCAUGUGUUGCCAGGCUAGACUGUCUGAACUGCUCCGUCGGUCUGCAGAGAUUGCUAUGGUGUCCAUGUGCCAGGUCAUAUUCCGGAGACUGAAGACACUAGAGAUUGAGUCGCCGGAUGAACUUCAAGCGCUAGACGGAGAGCUCGAAGGGCAGGACGAGCAGGACGGCUUAAAGAUGGACCCAACGGCGAACGGCGAGGGGGCGUAUGCACAGCACAAAGUCGAGGCACCCCAGCAGACGAGUGGCUCAGAGAACGGCCAAGUCGAUAUUGACAGCACAGUAAAUCCCGCAAGCAGUACACUUGAUCUCCCUAUAACAGCAGAUGGUGAACCACAGCAACCUCUAGAGAUCAGACCAUACUCAUUGCCUUCCAUCAGGGAGCUCUUCCGUGUACUGGUAGAUCUUCUCGACCCGCAUGAUCGACAACAUACAGACACUAUGCGCGUCAUGGCAUUACGCAUCGUUGAUGUGGCACUCGAGGUCGCAGGGCCGUCAAUAGCAAGUCACCCAAGUCUUGCGAACUUGGCAAAAGAUACACUAUGCCGACACAUUUUCCAAUUAGUCAGAUCAGACAACAUGGCCAUUCUGAACGAGUCAUUGCGUGUGGCAGGGACUCUGUUGGCAACAUGCAGAAACGUGCUCAAGUUGCAGCAAGAGCUAUACCUCUCCUACUUGGUUGCAUGUCUCUUCCCGCGAGUUGAAAUUCCAAUUGAGCCUGGCAUCGAGCCUUCCUUAUACGAGGGUGUUCCGCACGCACCCAGUCUCGUCAAGCAACCACCACAGCAGAAUAGCAGCAGUGGUCGAUCGACACCGGUUCCUGUCAAGGACCGACAAAAGCUUGGACUAGAGGGAGGUGCGCGGAAACCCGAUGCUCGUGAAGCCAUGGUGGAGAACCUCGGUGGUCUGGUGCGGAUACCAUCUUUCAUGGCUGAAUUAUUCGUCAACUAUGACUGCGAGAUCGAUCGUGGAGACGUCUGCAUGGACAUUGUUGGCCUCCUGUCUAGGAACGCCUUCCCAGACUCAGCCACCUGGAGUACCGUGAAUGUGCCACCACUGUGCCUGGAUGCCUUGCUUGGAUUUGUGCAAUCGAUAGCAGAUCGCUUGGACGAGGAGCCCGUGACGGAGGGCUUCCCAAGCGCUGAAUCCCUUCGUGAACAGCGAGCCAGAAAGGCGAUCAUCAUCCGAGGGGCUACCAAAUUCAAUGAAAAGCCCAAGGCCGGUAUUGCGUAUCUAACCUCCCAAGGCAUCAUCAGAGACCCAGAUGACCCCAAGUGCAUCGCCGAGUUCGUCAAAGGCACGACAAGAGUGGAUAAGAGGGUCCUCGGAGAGUUCAUCUCAAAGAAGGGGAGUGAAGCGAUACUGCACGCAUUCAUCAGCUUGUUUGACUUCAAAGAGCAACGACUUGACGAAGCGCUCCGACAACUUUUACAUGCUUUCCGUCUUCCUGGCGAAUCUGGACUCAUUGAACGCAUUGUAACGGAUUUCUCCGAGCAGUAUUUCAAGAUGGCGCAACCUGAAGGCAUCGCGAAUAAGGAUGCUAUCUAUGUCCUCACGUACGCUGUCAUUAUGCUAAAUACUGAUCAGCACAACCCAAAUCUAAGAGGCGACAAGCGAAUGCAGUUGGAAGACUUUGCAAAGAACCUUAGGGGGGUCAAUGACGGUAAAGACUUUGAUCCCGAGUAUUUGAAGGCCAUGUUCGAGUCUAUCAAAAACAGAGAGAUCAUCCUGCCUGAAGAGCACAACGACAGAAAUGCCUACGAUCAUGCGUGGAAAGAGCUGCUCGUUAAGGUUCAGUCCACCUCAGAUAUCGUCUUUUGCGAUACGAAUAUCUUCGACGCAGAUAUGUUUGCCGCAACUUGGAAGCCGAUUAUAGCAACGUUGUCGUACGUGUUCAUGUCAGCUACGGAUGAUGCUGUCUUUUCGCGUGUGGUGCUGGGCUUCGACCAAUGUGCCCAAAUAGCCGCAAAGUACGGACUGAGCGAUGCAUUAGACCGUAUCAUCUCAUGCCUGUCAUACAUCAGUACAUUGGCGCCUGAUGUUCCUCCGAGCACAUCGCUCAACACGGAAGUACAAGCCGACAAGAAGAGUGUAAUGGUUAGCGAAACUGCGGUGCGCUUUGGGCGCGAUGGCAGAGCACAAUUGGCGACCGUGGUGCUGUUCCAGGUCAUCAAGAGCCACGAGGCUUCAAUACGGGACGGGUGGAAUCAUCUCAUCCGCAUCAUGGUCAAUCUCUUUGUCAACUCACUAUUGCCCCCAUACUUCCUCUCUUUCCAAAAGACCCUUGCACUACCCCCGAUACCUCUGCAAAACCCUGCGCAAAUCAUCGACCGCGUUGAGCGACCUGCUGAUACUGGCAUUUUCUCGGCGUUGACGUCGUAUGUGUCGAGUUUCGCCAAUGAUGAACCCCCGGAGCCAUCAGACCAGGAGAUUGAAUAUACGCUUUGCACCGUAGACACAGUCAAGGAAUGCCAUUUUGAAGACAUUCUAGCGAACAUCAGUCAAUUACCCGUGGAAGCACUACGGUCGUUACUAAUGUCAUUGCUCGAACACAUACCUGAGGAUGGCUCACCAAGAGUUAUUGUUGUCAAACCAGAGAUCCCGGGAGCGAAUCCGCGACCGAAUGGCACCAGGCAGAAGGGUAAAGGCCCGCUCUACGAUCCGGGCCUGGUUUUUGUCCUGGAGUUGGCGACUGUGUUAGCACUACGGGAUGAUGAGACUGUCAAGGAGCUUGCGAAGGAUGUGACAGAUGCCUUGUCAAGUGUUAUCCGCGACGCGACGAAACACCACCAUGUCGUGAUUGCGCGGUCAGUGUACUACCUCUUGAGUCUACUCAAGGCUAGUAACGACUAUGACUUCAUCCGCGCGCCUGUCCUCCUUCACACGUUCUCAAGCUUCAAUGAUGCGCUACUGCAAGAGUGCUCGCAGCCAAUCCUCAAGGGUCUGACAGACUGCUGCAAGGGACCAAAUGCCCUCCGUAGUGAAUUGGCAGGUUCGCCCGACUUUUGGACUAUUCUGAACAGAUUGUCUGGAGUGCCCGAUGUAGCAGGAGACGUCUUCCAACUCGUCGAAGACCUUACUACCUCCAUCCAGCCUGGCAUUACCGCAGACAACUACGAAGCUGCUAUAGCGCUGCUGAAUGAGUUUGCUACAGCAGCUCAGGUAGGCGCACGGGAAGAACAGCUUCACGAUCAGGCUGCAAGACGCGGCAAAGGACCGAAGACGAAGAAGCCAGAGAGCAACGAGAUUGUGAUACGAGGAAGCAACGCCAUGUCCAUCGUAUUCCAGCUAUCGAGUAGAGUGCCAAACUUCAUCGAACAGUCUCAUCUAGAGACCACUGAGGCUUGGACAGCAUAUUGGUCCCCCAUCCUCAAGACCCUCGCGCACCAAUGUCUCAACCCUUGCCGCGAAAUCCGGCAACAAGCAUUCUCUUCCCUCCAACGCACACUACUCUCUAACCACCUUGCCUCCCCCGACCACAAAGAAUGGAUUGCUAUCUUUAGUGAAGUGCUCGUUCCCUUGAUUACACAGCUUCUCAAGCCAGAAGUCUACCAGUCGGACCCGCUUGGUAUGAGCGAGACGCGUGUGCGUGCUGCAACGCUGCUGUCAAAGGUAUUCUUACACUAUCUCGUCCUACUGAGUGGGACGAUUGAUUUGUUGGAAUUGUGGCUCAAGAUCAUCACAAUUAUGGAUCGGUUGAUCAACAGUGGACAGGGGGAUAAUCUGGAGGAAGCUGUAUCCGAAAACCUCAAGAACAUGCUCCUCGUAAUGUCCAACGGCGGAUACCUCGCCCCACCUGAUGAACAUCCUGAACGACAAGAGCUUUGGAACGAAACGUGGAAGCGCAUCAACCGUUUCCAACCACAUCUCUUCGCCGAGUUGUUCCCUGAGGAAGCCGGAAAGCCGGUGAGACCGAAUGCAUCGAAGGAUGAGAGUGUGUCAAAGGAAGCCGACGUGGCGUUGCAGAAAAGCAAAGAAGAGCAAGAAGGUAUAGAAAAGACAAACGCAGACGGAAAUGUGCAAGAGAAGACGGGGGAAAAAGAGGGUUAG